CUUUAAUUCUUAAGGGUCUCGAACCUCCCUCCAUUCGUUCACCUUGACCCUACCUCAUCCCACCUCACCUUCGGUAUCCCAGGGUGUGACUUGAACAACAAAAAGGAAACCCGAACAAAGUCACCAAACAAAACAAGAAACAACUCCCGAGUCUACCGAACACACAAACAUCCCAUCGAAUAAAGCCACAGCCCGAAUCGCAACAAUGGGCUUCGCAUUAAAAUUCCUCCAGUGGUUCAUCCGCGGCGUCCAGCUAGGCUGCUCCAUCCUCAUCCUCGCAAUCUUCUCCUACUUCCUCGCGACCCUUCACAACCACUCCCUCCCGAUAUCGACCUCCAUCCGCGCCGUCGAGGGCAUUUCCGGCGCCGCCACCCUGUACACCUUGGUCGGCCUGUUGCUGCUCUGCUGCCUCGCAGGUCUCGCCUUCACCUCCUUCAUCGCCAUCGUCCUCGACGUCGCCUUCAUCGGCGCCUUCAUCUACGUCGCCGUCGCCAACAAGGGCGGCGCCGGAACCUGCUCCGGCACCGUCAGCACACCUUUUGGCGACGGCCCCGCCGACGGAGAGCCGACCAACACGGGAAGCGACGGUUGGACUCACCUCCCCAGUCUGCGCACGGCUUGUAAGCUGCAGACUGCCUGCUUUGCCGUCUCCAUUGUCGCAAUCUUCUUCUUCAUCUUCUCCAUCCUCGUCGAGGUCGCCCUCGCCCGUCACCACCGCAAGGAGAAGCGUUUUGGUCCCAGCCCCAAGAACAACUACACCUCAGGCUCGGGCUCCAAGCCUGGCUUCUUCAGCAGCUUCCGCCGCCGCGGCCGCGCCGACACUGUGACCAAUGACAACGCUCUGCCCAUGCACACCAGCCCCGACCAAGUCCGUCCCAGCUACGCGACCGAGACCACCGCCGUCGCUCAGGACGCAGGCUACCCCAAGUACGAAGGCGCCUACGGCAACACCGCCACUGCUACUGGCGGUGCCAAUGGUUAUGAGUACGGCCACGAGACCGGCACCACACAGCCCCCCCCUCGGCACUACAACGAUGGUGUAUACGACCGAGUCUAGACACGAGUGAGACAGGAACAGAAGUCUCGGAGUGAGACCACCUAAUGAGUUGAGACAGAGUACGGAAAUGAAGCUGGUGUAGGUUGGCAAUUAUACCCAGGGAAUUGAGGAGUUUUGCCAUUGGUUUUCCCAGACGAUGGUUGUUUGUUGGAAUUUUAGAAUGAUUCUCUUUUGAUUGUGACUGCAUUCGUACACGUCGUAAAUUGCGUUUGAACCUC